AGGGCUCAGAGUUGCACUGAGUGUGGCUGAAGCAGCGAGGCAGGAGUGGAGGUGCGCGGAUUCAGGGAGACAGACAGACACAGGCAGGCAAGACGGCAGUGGAGUCCGAGCUGCAAAUCUUAUUUUCUCUUCCAUUUUCUCACCAACUGCCCAGAGCUAGCGCCUGUGGCUCCCGGGCUGGUGUUUGGGGGAGCGUCCGGAGAACCCCUUCUCCAGCCGCCCCCAGCAGGAGAGCCCCGCUGCCCGGGAGCUGCUGACAGCGCGGAGAGCGGCGACAGUCCGUCCGGGGAAGUCCGGAGAGCGGCUGCAGCGGCUAAGAACUUUCCUGGCCAGGAGGACAGGGGACAAGUGGCCCGGGUCCCGGAGCGAACUUUUGCAAAGCUUUGCUGCGCCUGAAGCUGUGGCGGCGGCGGCGAAGACAAGAAGGCGGCGGAGAGAGGAGACCGAGGAGGGACGUGCGCUCAGCUUCUCUCGCACGGGUUGCUGAACUUGGGCGAGCGCGAGCCGCGGCUGCCCGGCGCCCCCUCCCCCUCGCAGCGGAGGAGGGGACAGUCGUCGGAGUCGGGGCGGCGGACAACCGCCGCCGGCCGGCCACAGCGGGAUCGGCGCUGACUGCCGCCGCCGGGAAGGCCGCUGUCGCCGGGAAGCGUGUUCGUCCGCGGGCUCCCAGGAACCGCUGCGCGGGAGAGCGCUCCGUGAGUGACCGCGACUUUUCAAAACCGGGCAGCGCGCGCAAGCUGACAAGUAAGAGUGCGGGCGGCACCUGAAACCCUGAGCGCCGGGGGAGCGAGCUGGUGAGCGGGGCGCCGGGGGGAGGACAGCCGGCGGGUGCGCGCGCCCCUCGAGAAACUUUCCCUGCCCAGGGCCCCGGGAGGCGCGGGUGUCCCCCGCUCGCCAGCGCGCUGUUGCGGCCCCGAAACUUCUGCGCGCAGCCCAAACUAACCCCACGUGAAGUGACGGACUGUUCUAUGACUGCAAAGAUGGAAACGACCUUCUACGACGAUGCCCUCAACGCCUCGUUCCUCCAGUCCGAGAGCGGCGCCUACGGCUACAGUAACCCCAAGAUCCUGAAACAGAGCAUGACCCUGAACCUGGCCGACCCGGUGGGCAGCCUGAAGCCGCACCUCCGGGCCAAGAACUCGGACCUCCUCACCUCGCCCGACGUGGGGCUGCUCAAGCUGGCCUCGCCCGAGCUGGAGCGCCUGAUAAUCCAGUCCAGCAACGGGCACAUCACCACCACGCCGACCCCGACGCAGUUCCUGUGCCCCAAGAACGUGACAGACGAGCAGGAGGGCUUCGCCGAGGGUUUCGUGCGCGCCCUGGCCGAACUGCACAGCCAGAACACGCUGCCCAGCGUCACGUCGGCGGCGCAGCCGGUCAGCGGGGCGGGCAUGGUGGCUCCGGCCGUAGCUUCCGCGGCGGGCGGCAGCGGCGGCGGCGGCUUCAGCGCCAGCCUGCACAGCGAGCCGCCGGUCUACGCCAACCUCAGCAACUUCAACCCGGGCGCGCUGAGCAGCGGCGGCGGGGCGCCCUCGUACGGCGCGGCCGGCCUGGCCUUUCCCGCGCAGCCCCAGCAGCCGCAGCAGCAGCCCCCGCAGCCGCCGCACCACCUGCCCCAGCAGCUCCCCGUGCAGCACCCGCGGCUGCAGGCCUUGAAGGAGGAGCCGCAGACGGUGCCCGAGAUGCCCGGGGAAACGCCGCCCCUGUCCCCCAUCGACAUGGAGUCGCAGGAGAGGAUCAAGGCCGAGAGGAAGCGCAUGAGGAACCGCAUAGCUGCCUCCAAGUGCCGGAAAAGGAAGCUGGAGAGGAUCGCCCGGCUGGAGGAAAAAGUGAAAACCUUGAAAGCGCAGAACUCGGAGCUGGCGUCCACGGCCAACAUGCUCAGGGAACAGGUGGCACAGCUUAAACAGAAAGUCAUGAACCACGUUAACAGUGGGUGCCAACUCAUGCUAACGCAGCAGUUGCAAACGUUUUGAGGAGAGACUGUCGGGGGCUGAGGGGCAGCAGAGAAAAAAAAAAUCACACAGAGAGACAGACUUGAGAACUUGACAAGUUGCGAGAGAGAGAGAGAGAGAGAGAGAAAAGAAGUGUCCAAGGACUAAAGCCAAGGGUAUCCAAGUUGGACUGGGCGGCGUCCUGACGGCGCCCCCAGUGUGCACGAGUGGGAAGGACUUGGCGCGCCCUCCCUUGGCAUCGGGCCAGGGAGCGGCUGCCUGCGGGCUGCCCCGCUUUGCGGACGGGCUGUCCCCGCGCGAACAGAACGUUAGACUUUUCUUUAACAUUGACCAAGAACUGCAUGGACCUAACAUUCGAUCUCAUUCAGUAUUAAAGGGGGGAGGGGGAGGGGUUACAAACUGCAAUAGAGACUGUAGAUUGCUUCUGUAGUACUCCUUAAGAACACAAAGGGGGGGGGUUGGGGGAGGGGAGGCGGGAGGGAGGUUUGUGAGAGCGAGGCUGAGCCUGCAGAUGAACUCUUUCUGGCCUGCCUUCCUUAACUGUGUAUGUACAUAUAUAUAUUUUUUAAUUUGAUGAAAGCUGAUUACUGUCAAUAAACAGCUUCAUGCCUUUGUAAGUUAUUUCAUGUUUGUUUGUUUGGGUGUCCUGCCCAGUGUUGUUUGUAAAUAAGAGAUUUGGAGCACUCUGAGUUUACCAUUUGUAAUAAAGUAUAUAAUUUUUUUAUGUUUUGUUCCUGAAAAUUCCAGAAAGGAUAUUUAAGAAAAUACAAUAAAAUAUUGGAAAAAUACCCCUCCCACAACCUCUUUUCUGCAUUAUCUAUGAAUUACCUAUUUAGGUGAAGUUGAAAGAGUGAAGAGUCAACUAAAAUCACUCUCAGUGCUUCUUACUAUCAAGCAAAACUACUCUUUACUGGACUGAGAAUAACUGUAGCUGAUGCUCUUGUCAACUUAAUCCUCUUUCCUCCCCCAACAAUCUAUAUAGAGUUGCAUACAAAGGAUAGUGUGGCCCUUCAGAAGGCUGAGGGAAGGGAGGCUGUGGUGGAGAGGGACAGACAGUGCCCUGAAAACUCAAACUAAUAUUUAAAGUCUGGAUUAUACCAAGUGGCAUGUGCUGUGACCAUUUAUGAUGUUAGGAGAAAUUUAAGAGUAGUUGCUUAUUCUCAAAUCAGGAAUGGUGGCAGAUUUUUACAAAAGAUGUAUCCUUCCAAUUUGGAAUCUUUAACAAUCCCUAGAUAAAAAAGAUGGUCUUUGCUUAUGAAUACUUAUAACAGCAUUCUU